AUGUUCGGGUCAAAAAGAAGGAAAAUCCUAGUCUUUACAAUUGGAUUGCAACACAAAAAAAGAGGUACAAAAGAAACGAAGGGUCAAAAACCACAAUCCCAAGAGGAAUUGGAAUUAUUGGAACGAAUUGACUUUGCUUUCUUGGAAAACCAUUCUUGCAUGGCUUGGAAUGCAAGGUAUGCCGAACUGGAGAGAUAUCGAGAGGAGAACGAUGGGCGAUUGCCAGAUCACGGAGACGACCCGGAACUGAAUCAUUGGAUGAGACAACAGCGCAAGAGCCUUAGAAGUGAAUAUGGAUAA